AUGGACGUAAACAAGAAACUGGGAACGAGGGACAGUGUGCUGGCGCUCUUACUCGCAUUCCUCCUGGGAUUUCGACUGGGAGAAUCGGCCCCCAACCCUUCGCCACUGCUUGGAUCCAACUGGGGGAACCCGAGGAGAUACGUCCACCUGCAGACAUCCACGGACCUCAACAACUUCUACUUGGAGAUCAAAUUAAAUGGCACUGUGCGCAAAACCACAGUUAGGAGUUCAUAUAGUGUGAUUUUACUGAAAGCUGAAACAAGGGAGCGCGUCGCCAUCCUUGGAGUCAAAAGUAACCGCUACCUGUGUAUGGAUGUGGAGGGCAACCCUUUCAGCUCUCCCAUCUGCCUCAGGGACGACUGCCUGUUCAAUCACAAGCUUCUGGAGAACAACCGGGACGUGUACUACUCCAGCAGGACGGGCAUCCUGUUCAACCUGGAGGGCUCCAGGCAGGUGUACUCGGCGGGGCAGAACCUGCCUCAGACCUCCCUGUUCCUGCCCAAGAGGAACACGGUGCCGCUGGAGCGCCUCCUGCUGCACCGGGAGAAGAGGAACCAGGUCGUGGAUCCCGCCGACCCGCACAACGUCUACCAGGGUCAGACCGAGGACGGCUCCGACUCCCGGGCCGUGCCGGAGGACGACACCGACGUGGAGACUGAGGCCGGGGAUGAGGGGCGCAACGUGUCCCGGGAGACGCCUCUGGCCCCGUCCACCCACGACCCAUGGAACGUGCACUCCUCCAACCCCGCCAGCCCCCGCAUCACCGGCACCAUGGGGUGA